GUUUCGCCCCCGCCUCCUGUGACGCGGCGCGAGGCCCCGCCCCUUCCGCACCGGCACAGCAGCCCGAGUUCGCCGGCCGCCGCGCGCAUUCUGGGCGGAGUGGGCUGCGCGUGCGCGACUCUGCCCGCUCUCUCCUCGCCGCCGAAGGUCUUCCGAGCGCCGCGCCCGCCCGCUGCUGCUGCUGCCGCCGCCUCGGGGCCGGACCGGCCUCCUCCGUGGCGGCGCGGGGCUUCUCUCGGCUGGCCAUGAAGAGCCUGCCGUACUUCUGCCGCGGGGAGGUGGUGCGCGGCUUCGGCCGGGGCUCCAAGGAGCUGGGCAUCCCCACAGGUGAGCGGGCGGCCGCUCGGGGCCUUUCCCGGAGGGAGACGGGAGAGAGCCGGGCCGGGCCGCGCCUCCCUCCCUCCCUGCGUCCGUCCCGGUUUCGUUCCGCCCACCAGACGCUGCUUCUGCCGCGGCUUCAGAGACUUCUGAAUGCCCCGGGUCCCGCAUGCCGAGUGUCCCGGACUUGAAGCCAAACGGGAAAAUAUCCGCGACCUGUUUAACCGGGAUUUUGUAAGGAGAGAGAAUCUGAUAACGAAACCGGCUUCUUAUGCAGGAAUGCGGGACCGUGUUCCCGACGGCGGCAUAAUGAAGAAAAGGCAGCAGGGAGCCAAGUAGAUAAAUAAAUAUAACAAAAUCACCCUCUGCUGGUGGAUCAAUAGCUUUGGGAAAAUCUGAUUUAGAGGGAAAAUGGGAUAUAAAUGUAGCUGUUGCUUUCAGUAUAUACCGUAAUUUGAUCUAAAACCGAAUUUAGCGUUAAUGUUAAACUGAUGCAAUUGUGGGAGGUUAAUAUUUAUCAUCCAAACAGCAGGGACUUUUAUAUUACGGAGAAAUAGUGUUUUGUCGACCAGUUGCCAACUGCAUUUUGCAUGAUUUUGGGCACCAUCCUACCCUUACCUGUAAGCCAGAUGAGUGACCUCUGGAAACAGAACAGGUGCUGCUGCACUGGAGAUGGAAGCCCCCUUGGGAAGUCAGCUGGGCCUCCCGCAGCCAGUGGCUUAGCCAGGGUGGGCCGCACUGCCAAAACUAUGUCCCUCUCAAUUCCCCCCACCUGUGACACAGUGUGUAGAUGCUGGCCCAGCCCUGUCUGCAAAAGCAGCACAGAGCUGGAGUCCGAGCCACUGCAUUCCUGUGGGGCACCCUCCUGCUGGAGGGAGGUGGUGGGCGGAUGCCAGCCCCUUGUUGCUUUUGUGGGCGGUGCACUGCAGACCCCACAUGGCUUGUGGGGCCAGCAUGUGCCAGUUGCGUCCUUCUCGGCCACCCUGUGGUGUCUGGCGCGUUCUACAAGCCCAACCCUGGGCUGUGGUGCUUUGGGGGGUGAUGCACUGGGCUCUGGGGUGCCUGGACCUGUCUGGAACCAUGGGCUCUGGCAUGCCACCCCAAGGUAAGUGCCACCUAGGGUGCCCUGCCCCACUAGCUAUGCUACUGCCCACAGCAAGUAUUGCUGGCUAGUAGAGUAGGGGGAAAUGGGGUGUGCUGAGAAUAGCAUGGAAAUGCCACAUCCUUUGUCCCUUCAUUUCCCAGAUACGUCUCACGUACGGGCACCAGUCCUAGACUUGGCAUAGCUAAUUCACUCUCAUUGCAGACAGUAAAUGAGAGAAUAAAUUAAAAGCUGCCUCAACCUCCACCCUGUCCACGGUGAAAAGUCAGGGCGGCAGAUGUGGCAGUUGCUAUUCCAGUGCAGCUCUCCCUUCCAUCAGUGUAAAAGUAGGAUUGGUGUACGUUAUUCCUACCCACCUCAUUUUAUUCUCACAGGUAGGCUGGACUGAGCACCAGUGAGUGUCUUGUGGUCACUCACUGAACUCCAUGGGACUAAAGUUCUCCUAGUUUAAUUUGAUGCACUAACCACUCUGCACCAAGUUGACCGUCAGGACUUAACCUACAGACUUGAAAAUUUUGUGGAGGAUUGUGGCCCUUGUCUUAAAAUGUUAUCUUGCUUAGUGGUUUUGCAGAUGUACAGAGAAAAUUUUUGCAUCUCUAAAGAAAUAGAAGUACUAGAGGUUUUUGGAUUAUUGUGUUGUGCAGUAUAACAGUAUAGCCGUUGUGUUAUUUUUUUUAUAGCAACCAAUUACUAUACACAAUUGUUUCGCAAACCAUGACUUGAUAAAGAAUUGAUUUAAAUGCCAUCUUUCUUGGUGACCUAAAACACUGGCUAAAACUAGGACAAUCAGAGCCCAACCUUGAUCUGGAUUCUAAUCAUGUACCAUCUAAAUAGGAAUACCAAGUUAACUGACCUGACCUGGGGCAUCGUCCUUUUCCUAUCGUUUAUGAAACGUUUUAAUGUAAUUGUUUUGUUUCAUUUAUAUUUUUCAGCUAACUUUUCUGAGGAAGUGGUUGAUAGCUUCCCAUCUGAUAUCUCUACUGGCAUAUACUAUGGCUGGGCUUGUGUUGGAAAUGGAGAUGUGCAUAAAAUGGUUGCGAGCAUAGGCUGGAAUCCAUAUUAUAAGAAUGUUAAAAAAUCAGUGGUAAGAACAUGAUAUUUUAUCUAGCUUAUGAGAAAACCAAUGUACUUUCAGUUGGAACAGUUCCUGAGAAUAUUCCUUGAUAAUGUCAGAGCUGAUCUGAAAGCAUUAAGGUCUGCAUGCUGCUAUGCUCACAAUUAAGGAGUUUUCAAUAAUAAUAAUAAUAAUAAUAAUAAUAAUAAUAAUAAUAAUAGCAUGGGGGGAGAGUCCCCUUCUGCUUUAUAGGAAAUACAUUUCCUAUUUCUGAUCCUUGAUGACAGAUAAAAUACUGAUAUUUAACACUUUAAACUGAAAUUGGGAUACAUGUAUUGGCUGUGACAGAAUGCACAGAGAUCAAUGGUAGUUACUUUUAAAUUCUCCAAGAACCCAGGUGUAUGCCUGCACUUACACGUUCUGUUACGUGCUUCAUCAGAACUAGUUUGGCUGGAAGCUGUGUAAGCUCAUGAGGAAGUGCUCACUGAACUGAAGGAGAUACACAGUUGCUAUUUCAAACUGAUUUCACGUGAAAGGCUAAUAUAUUAGAAGGGUAGGUAGAAAUAAAAUGGUACGAGAAAGUUAGUAGCAGUAAACUGUUGUGUGAAAGUGCAACAGGAACAUAUUCAAAGGACUAGCAACCUUAAAGGGUUUCUGCCUCUAUUGCACUGUAUUGUUACAUGCGUAGCACCUAGAAAGGGGUUUUUGUUUGUUUUGAAAGUGUAAACUGCAGUAUAGUGUGAAAACUGUACUCUGCCUUCUAUAGUAUGUAGUAUCUGGCCAUUAGGAUUGCUAAAUUCUCAAUCAAGCCUAUAUAUUAAAUUACGAAACUGUUGUUCUAGGAAACACACAUCAUUCACACCUUCGCAGGAGACUUCUAUGGAGAAAUACUUAGCAUAAUUAUUGUUGGAUACAUAAGACCAGAAAAAAACUUCAGUUCUUUAGGUAAGUCCUAAGUACUUUUUGUAACCACUGUCAGUGUAGCUAUAGCAGUAUUUAUUUAUUCAUUAUUUAUUUACUUUAAUUAUUUACUGUACUUAUAUACUAACUUUCUGCUGAGGGACCCAAGGUCUAACUAGUCUAACUAGGGCAGCCCCAAUGUUGUCUUUGCCUGCCACCCUUGUCCUCUUUUUCCUUCUCAAUACAUCCUCUCAUGGUAAUGACACCUGUAACAAGCUAGAUAUCCCUUUGUCAAGCUGCCCAGACAUUAACUAUUAUUAUUUAGUAGCUUCUUUUUUGAGUGAGGUGGAAAAACUGUAUUUUGGAGUUUCCUAUAUCAAGAUACAUGUUCCCCCCUUUUUUCCAGCUAAGUAGACAUUUCCAGAAUGCAAUUGUGUAUUGUUUGUAUGUCCUUGUAUGUUCUCCCUGUGUACUGCCAGUGCAUUUUAUAACACAGGGUUAUAUAAAUGCAGCCGUCUUAAUAGGAAAUGUAUUUACUCUCAAUAUGGUGUACAUUUAUUGGAGGAUAGGUGGGAACAGAAUAUAAACUUUCAUUUACAGUACCAGACUAGUAGAUCUCAAUUUGGCACAAAACAGAGAAAUGUAAUACCAAAUCAUGCCUUUCUCUUUUGCAAACUACAGAUUGUGCAAACCAUACUUUAAAACAUUGAGUCAGUUGCAGUUUCCAGUUUGGGGUUUUUUUCUUUAUAUUUUGUCUGAAUUCAGUCAAACUUAGCAGAUGUACUAAGGUUCUUGGAUGGUUGUCAUCAAGGCAAAGACCAGAUCUGUUUGGCUUAGGAAGCUGCAUUAUGUGCCUUGAGACACUGGCUCGUCCAAUAUGGAUGUAAUGGCAGCUGGUUUGCUGUGCAAGAGGAACACUGUGACAAGUCUGAUGCUUGUCCAUGUACAGUCAUACCUCUUACUACGUUUGCUUCAGGUUGAAUCUUUUCAGGUUGUGUCCUGCGGCGAGCCGGAAGUAACGGAAUGGGGUACUUCUGGGUUUCGCCGCAUGCGCAGAUGCUCAGAAUGACGUCACACGCAGACGCGGCGAAUUGCGACGCGCAGACGUGGGUUGCGUUCUGCUCAUGAUGCGAACGGGGCUCCGGAACGGAUCCCGUUCGCAUCCAGAGGUACCACUGUAAUGCCAAACUGGUUUGCUUGCUGUGUCUGAACCAAUAUUGAGUCUGCCCCUUAUCUGUGAUAAAGUACCUUUGAUACUUUUGAAGAAGGCUUUUAAGAAUGUUUUCUGAAUCUUUUAUUCAGAAUUAGUCUGUGAAAUGGUAUCAACUUCUUUUCAUUUUAUACAGAUGCACUAAUAGCAGCUAUUCAAGAUGACAUUGAAGAAGCUAAGAAAAAACUAGACUUGCCAGAACACCAGAAAUUAAAAGAAGACAACUUCUUCCACACUACUACUGUUACCAACAUAGCUAAUGGUCAUUGAGUGAUGCCACUCCUUAAUUUUCACUGUAUAUUGCACCAAUUUUAGUGGCUGUCCUUUAGAGAAAAAAAUCUGUAACCAGUAUUCCUGUGGUUUAAGAGUUCUGCUUAUAUUGGUAUUGAAUUAAAAUAGUUAGGCAAAAGUAACUUUUAUUAGUCUACAUAUUAUCAUGGCAAGUUAGGAAAAAGGUUUCACCAUACCCCGGGCAAUGUGUACACACUGUUACUAUUACUAGGUCAUCCAAGGCUCAGAAACAGUUGCUUAAUGUUGACUGGUAAUUUGUAAAUGUUUCUAAUGAUGGUUAGCUAAUCUUUAAAUGAGCAUCCUUUUCUGGUUUUAAAGGUCAGAGCAAUCAUGCCAGACGCUCUUGUACUGAGAGAAAUACAAUGGUAAAGUAGACUUCUCUUUUGGAUACUUGGUUUUUAUUUGGUACAUAAUUAAAAAUGGGUGGCAUCCAGAGGAAAACUAGUCACAUUUCAGGAUUUAUGUUGUGCCAUUAAUUUUAAUGAGACUUCAAAACAGCAUUUUUAUAUACUUAUAAUAGAGUUUGUCUACUGUACUUAAUUCUCAAAUAGGGUGCAAAGACCCUGGUUUCCAGAGAAGCAUUUGAAACCAGAUAAAUCAGAAACUUUUAAAUAGCAAAUAUUCUUUUCUUUAUUGUAGAAUGAUUAAAGACACAUUUCAGUCUUUGUCUCACCAUAUCUAUGCACAACGUAACUUUUACAAAAUGGAUUCUAAAAUAAAUGGAGAUUUCAGUGAUGAAUUUAGCUUACUUAGAAGAUUUAUGGGGCUUGCGUUGCUGCUAUAUAAAUUUAGCAGUUGCCUCUUGGUGAAAUGUCUGUGCAUAAGCACUCAUUAGCUACAUUGCCUGGUUGUGGAUUAAAUAUGGUAUAGCUUUGAUUUAUGACUUGCCUACAACGUUAGUGAUAUACAUAGGGUGGAAAGCAAGGGGGAUUGGCCCUAAGCAACUUUCAGCUUUUGCAGAAACCUAAUUGAUAUCAGAAUUGUGUCUAAUUCUGAUUCUAGGUUAAACCUUUUUUUAGAAGUACACAUAGUAUACUUCUAAUUUUUUGAAGCCUUUUAUGUUAAACAUGACCAAAGUCCUACAAUGAAAUGUUAGACUGCUUAGAAAAAAUGUGUUGGAAUAUAAACUUUUGGGCAUUUGUGCAGUCCCAGAAAGAGCCUAAUUUAAGAAUGAUGUGCUAUAAUUGUAGGGAGAUAAAUACACAGCAGUUUUCACAUGGUUAAAUGUGUGAACAUGUUUGUGGGCAGUGAAAUUGCAGUGGGAAGUCCUGCUAUGAAUCUGUGUUGAAGACCUACAAAUGAGUAUGCAAACUGAAUGUGCAUUUGAAGAUCAUACUUUUUCCAGAGUUCACAUGCACACAGGUUGGAAAUAAAUGCAGGGCUUGUCAUUGUGAUCUUGUUUGCCUCCUAUGUGUUUGUUGUAUCUAUUUUGUGGGAAAAGUGCUUGUAUAUUUCAGAAUUUUCACAUUGUGUUGAUUUGCAAAGAAACCUCUAGUCUCCUUUUGUCAUUGUUGAAAUGUUCCUAUAUCCAUAUCUGAAUGAUGUAGUUAAGUUUAAAUAUUCUGGUUUUAUUCAACUAACUUUUACACAAAGUACACCCAUUGAAAUGAAUGGCUAUAACUAACUUGGGUCCAUUAAGUUGCAGUCCAUCUAUCCUGAGUAAAAGUUAGUUGAAUACUAAGUUAGUUUUUAGUAACAUGUCCACUAUUCUCCCCCGCCACCGCCCAUGCCCAAACAAUUAGGCUUUCCUCAUUUUUAAUAUAUUAGAUAUUUAUGAUUUGGGUUUCCACUGACUUGCAAGUUCUCUGUGUGCCAGGUAAUGUGUAUGUUCUAGCAUGCAAUUAGCAGGCCUGUAGCAACAUGUUUCUGCUUCUUCCAGCUUCAGGGUUGAGCAGCACAAAAUUAGGUGGACUUAGAGCCAGAAAAAGCGCUUCUUCCUACUACAAAGUUCUGUAGUGCCACAUGGAAGAGUCCCCUCUCUGGCUCAGGAGAGGGAAAGGAGAUGCCAUGCCAAGCUGAGCUACUGCUUCUGGGAAAUAGGUUUGUGGAAGCUUAGCCCACAGUAAUUUAAUGUUAGCAGUUGGAAGUAAGCAUACUGUCUGACGGAGGUGAUAACACAAGCUUAACGGUCUGAGGUCUUGAUAAUGUUGCUACCUAUGAUUGUUUACCAUUUGUGUUGUCUUUAGAAAUGAGUGCCUUCUGGAAGGGUUUAUGAAUCUUGAGCAUUUGACUUUGAAGAGAAUGUAGUCACAGAGUACUUUAAUUUUGCGAAAAACUGCACUAUAAAGUAUGAACAAGAAAAAUGUUCAUUGUUCAGUCCAGAUAAAAAUACAUGAGUGUAUGAAAUCAUUUAUUGAAUUCUAUCUUUUUAUAUGCCUGUAUUUAAGAUGAUUCAUUUUAAAUUUACCACUGUAAUUUUAUUAAGGGUUUUAUUUUUCUACUCAUUUCAACAAAUAAAAGUAUGGAAAAUGUGUAUAUGUAACUAUUCAGUUUGUCAUACUUGAUGUACAAAGCAUACAGAAUAACAUGCCUAGUUUGUCCACAUCUGGCACUUCACAUUGGGGUAGCAGUUUGCACUAACUGCCGUAUUUUUCCAUGUAUAAGACCAUGUUUUUUGCUAAAUAUUUUUGGUCAAAAAUUGGGGGUUGUCUUAUACACAGUUGGUGAAUGCACAGGGGUUCAGGCUCUGGUGUGGGCAGUCUUGGCUCAGGCUCUGGCCCGAUUUCUUAAUUUUGGGUUCAAAAAAACGGGUUGUCUUAUACAUGGGGGUGUCUCAUACACGGAAAAUAUGGUAUUGUUUACUGCACAAUUUAUGGCAAUGUUUAUUGUGAAUAUUUUAUGCUAUUAUGUGUGAAUUGUGUACUGCUCCUGAUCUGCUUUAAUUGAGCAAUGAGAGAUUAUUUGCUUUGGGACUACAGAUUCUGUCAAAUAUUUACAAAACUGAUUAAAAAGUAUGCUCC